UUCCAUUACAUAAACAACAAAGUGACAAACAACCAAAAGACUUAGCACAUCUCCCACUGCGAAAAGCAAGUCCCCAAGUUCUUUUUUCCUGCUAUUCCUAUCCAACUUUCUCCACACCACGCGCCACCACACGCGCCGAUGACAAUCACCAUCUACGAUCACGAACUUCCCGAUUACACCCACAACCUGUACGACGUAACAUUCUUUCAAACCACAAUAUACACCUUAGUCACAAACACACCAUCUUUCGUCGACACAUGGAUCUCCGACACCCAACAACAACAACAAAACCAUCCUCGAAUCAUCGGACUUGAUGUCGAGUGGCGGCCAAACCAAGCCCGCAACUCCGACAACCCCGUCGCCGUCUUACAACUAUGUGUCAACAACCGAUGUCUUAUUUUCCAAAUACUACAUUCCCCAGAUGUCCCAACAUCCCUAAAGAACUUUCUAAAGAACCCGAAUUAUACGUUUGUGGGAGUCGGGAUUGAAAACGAUGUCGAAAAGCUUAUCGAGGAUUAUAAUUUGGGAGUUGAGAAAAUGGUGGAUGUUAGGACUGUGGCUGCUGAUUUUUAUGGUAUGAAGGAGCUUAAAAAUGCGGGAAUUAAGGAUCUGGCAAUGCGGGUUUUGGGAAAAGAGGUUAAUAAGCCGAAAGGGGUUACGAUGAGUCGAUGGGAUAACGAAUGGUUGGUUCCUUCUCAGGUCCAGUAUGCGUGUAUUGACGCUUUUUUGAGCUUUGAGAUUGGGAGGGUUUUGAUGAGUGAGAACCAGAAUUGAAUUGUGUUUGUGAUUUAAGUAGUUUUAUUUAUGUUGGUAGAAAUGCCGGAUUUUUUUAGUGUUUGUUUGAUUUGAAUGUUUUAUUGUGUUUGAUUGUUUGUUAGUGAAUAAUGAUUGUUUGAUGUUUUAGGGAUUCGACUUGAUCAUGUAGUAUAUGAUUUGAAUCUGUUUCUCUCAA